AUGAGAGGAAUCGGAGGACCCCUUUUAUGCAUCGGAGAUCUCCUCAGCGACGUCGGAGAAGAAAAUGAAGAUGGAGGAACAACCUCUUCAUCCUAUCAUCCCACUUCUGGAUCUUCUUCUCUUUCAGAUCUCAGCAACAACAACCAACCACUUCCUGAUCUCACCAAACUCUUUCAGGAAAACUACGAUCACCUUAACGAAGCUCUCAAUGCCACCGAUCAUUCUUGGACUUCUCUCACUUUGAAGUUAUGUACUUCUCUAGAUACUGCAAACAAGCUGGUUCAAUCUACCAAUUCAAAUGUUGCUUCCUUGUUGGAGAAGGUUGAGGAGCUUGAGAAAAUUGUCAAGAGAGGAGACUCUGCCAUAGCGGCGACAAAAGCAUUUUAUGUUUCUCCUGAUAACAAUAGCAAUUCCUUCAAGUGA